AGUGGGAACAGAGUUAGAAGAGGAAAACUUGGAACCACUUAUUAGUGCUCAGAGGCUGGACUGGAACCAUUUAUUAGCAGACAACUUUAAGUGUAAGAUGUUCCUGUGUUUAAACAUCCUGGUAUUGCUCCUCCUGCAGACAGCUUGUUCAAGCCCACUGACCACACCAUCCAGAGGAUGUUCCACCUGCAAAGGAAAGCAGUCACAGAGGCAGCCGACUGCAGUCGUGGAGGUAAAUGCCACAGCUCUGGCUCUUGGAGAGCCGUGUGGUGUCUACACUCUGAGCUGUGCCCACGGUCUGCGUUGUGCACCUCUGGACGACGAGCCGAGGCCCCUGCGUGCCCUGCUGGAAGGCAGAGGAGUCUGCAGUAAUGCCAGUAGCACCAGCCCGACUAAACAGGUCCAUGUUGCUGCAACCACUCUCAGUGAGGAUCCAGAUGAGGCUCCGUGUCGUCAACUGUUGACGACAAUUAUUGAAGGUCUUAAUGCCCAUUUAUUUACGUCGCACCAUGAUAUCUACAUGCCCAACUGUGACAAGCGUGGCUUCUUCAGAAAGAAGCAGUGUUGGUCAUCUCGAGGUGGGCGACGGGGAAAGUGUUGGUGUGUGGACAAGAACGGGAUGCCGCUGUCUACAAACACUAAACACAAGGGCGGUCUGAGCUGUUAAGUGCAUCGAGGAGGCUGAGGCUUCACUCCCCAUGUGAGAUUAUGAAGAAGGAACACCAAACAGAGACUAAAGGGACCGAACACAGUGCUUCUUAUGUGACUGUGCGCCAGUAUAAAGAAGUACUUCACUAUUAAGAAGCUGUUUCACAAUCAGAUGAAACUUUAGUAUCCUUGCGCCCUCUACUGAACACAUUAAAACUGCAUUGGUUUGAUGGCCUUUCACAUUAACACUCAAAAGAUGCGGCCAUUUAGAAACGUUGUUUGGUUUUUAAGGAAAAGCACAUUGAUUUUCAUUGUAACAUUAAAUCGAUUCUAAAUAAUGUAAAGGACAGCUAUUGAUUAAUGCGAUAUUAUUAAUAUAUUUUUUAAAUAGAAUAUGUAUAUAAGCGCAGAGAGGCAAAUUUCUAGCAUCCAUCACUCUGUGCAACCAUGGCACACUGUGUUAUUAAUGCAAUUUUAGAAUGUUAAAAGACCGAGUGAUCACUAGAAAAACUCUUUUCCAAUUAUUCUAGCACAGCUAAAGCCUCCAGUGCUGAUUAAAGAAGCAAUAAAUUUGGUUAGGUGAGUGUGUGAAAAAUCAGCCACUGUGGGUUCGAUUAUAGUCUCAAAGUGGAGUAAAAACAAAAGAUUUUUCAUCCUGAAAUGGUUUGUUCAUGGGAAUGUGUGGUGCACACUGGUGUAUCCAAGCCUUUAGUGCCUUUUUCUUAGAAAAAUAAUACUCUGAUCAGCUCAGAAGAAAGUCCCUUUUGGCCAUUUUUAGACCUAAUUGAACCCACAAUUACUUUGAGGUCCUUUAACUUCAUAAUUCUCUCAAUCCAUCAACCAUUUUUAGGGAGCAGUAAGUUUAGAAAAUAUGGCCUGUCUUUUCUUUAAUUUGUUUUUGUGUGUUUUCAGUGUAUUUAUAUAUUUUUCAUACUCUUGUAUUUUGAAACCACUGUAACUGUAUAACUGCCAUUGCUGUAAACAAUCUCUACAUGUAAUCCUAUUUAUGUUACUUUGGAUAUGAUAUUCUAUUUAUACUGAUAGUGCCAUUAGUGAUUAACCUGAAAAGCAGCCAAUAGAGGUAUUUGAUAUUUUUAUGAUUUUUAAGGACUUGAGGGCAUUAUUAAUGUUCAAGACUGAUAUACAGCGAU